UGUGUAUAUAUAUAUAUGUAUAUAUAGCAUCCUAUUGCGAUCUCUAGCUUAACCCUCAAAAACCCAACCCAUCUCUCUCUCCCUCUCUCUCUUUCUGUGUAAUCUUUGGAAUUAACUCUUGUUGGCAAUGGCGGCGAAACGUUUUUUAAAUGAUUCCAAAUCCGACCAAGAUCAACCACCAGAGAAACGGAUGAGGCCCAGGCCUUCUUUUGCCUCUGUUAUUGGAGAAGUGGUUAUGGUGAAUUCCUUGCAGAACCUUUUCUCCAGCUUGGAACCUUUGCUUAGAAAAGUGGUGAAGGAAGAGGUGGAGAGCACUCUAAUACGCCAUACCCACACAAUCACAAGGUCUCCAUCACUGAGAAUCCAAGCACUAGAACCAUCAAGCCUGCGACUUUCUUUCAGGACCAAGCUUUCAGAAAGCACCAUAUUUACAGGAAGCAAGAUCACAGACAUGGACAACAAUCCCCUUCAAGUCCUUCUUGUCAACAGCGAUCAUCCAACGGUUCCAAUUGUUCUCCACCACUCGAUCAAGAUAGAAAUCGUCGUUCUCGACGGCGACUUCCCCGGAAAUUCUGAAACUUGGACUAGCGAAGAGUUUAACAACAAAAUCGUCAAGGAGAGAUCCGGCAAGCGGCCGUUGCUCACCGGAGCCGACUUGACCGUCACCAUGCGAGAUGGGUUUGCACCGAUCGGAGAUAUCGAAUUCACCGACAACUCCAGCUGGAUUCGGAGCCGAAGAUUCAGGCUUGGCGCCAAAGUUGUCCCCGGAAGCUAUCACGAAACUGCUCGGAUCUGUGAAGCCAUGACUGACUCAUUCGUCGUCAAAGAUCAUCGCGGAGAAUUGUACAAAAAGCACCAUCCACCACAGCUGGAAGACGAAGUGUGGCGGCUAGAGAAGAUUGGGAAAGAUGGAGCUUUCCACAAGAAGCUGGCAAAAGAGGGAAUCAAGACCGUCCAAGACUUCUUGAAGCUCUCUGUUGUCGACCCUCCAAAGCUUAGAAACAUUUUAGGCGUUGGGAUGUCUGAGAAAAUUUGGGAAGCAACCUUAAAGCAUGCCAGGACGUGCACUUUGGGCAACAAACUCUACAUCUUCCGGGGAAAUAAUGUUGCCUUUACCUUGAACCCUAUAUGCCAAGUUGUUAGGGCUGAAAUUGAUGGCCAAAUAAGGGACCUUACCAACAUCAAUAGGACCUAUGUGGAGAAUUUGGUGAAGCAAGCAUAUGCAACUUGGAGUUCCUUGCAAGAGUUGGAUGGAACUUUGAAUGAGACUGCCUUAAUAACACAAGGGGAAACGAUGCAGCAAUAUUCCAAUCCUCAAAUGGAGAUGGUGAAAUCGUUUCAACAAAAUGGGUAUAUUAGUGAGAGAGCUAUUGAUAUGGGGUAUGGACUAAGCAAUGGACACGUGGACUGUGGCGAUUGGGUAAUAAAUUCAACAUAUAUUACCACAAUGGAAAAUGGCCUCAACUACUGCUUGUCGGAGACAUCAUCGGACGGUGAAUUAACGCCUUCGAGGCCUUUCCAGCUCAACCGGAGUUGAAGGAAGAUGAUAUGAAUUGAUUUCGGGUGUGUGUAUAUAUAUAUAUAUAUAUGCAAAAUAUAUAUAUAUAGGCAAAUAGGGCAAUGCCACCCAAUGGUGAAAGUAUUGUGGUGUUAGUGUAGGGAAGCUAGAUCAUGUGAUUUUGCUUCAAGGCGAGUCCAAUCGAACAGCCUGUUGGUUUGUUUUAAUAAUUUAUGUGCAGUUUGUGAAGAUUAAUAAUUUAUGUGAAGGGGGCAGAUCGAUUAACAAAACAAAGUUUUUGUAGUUCUGUGUUUUCUAAAUAUAUUUUAGAAUAGUUUCAAGCCACGCAAUAGAGUGGUCUCGGCCUAGUGGCAUGCCGGGCCCACGUUUAAAGUUGAGUUUAAUUUAGGUCAACUAAGCCCACUCGAAAGUUGUUUGAGACAGGCGAUUUAGCUAUAUCAUUAUCAGUAAUUUUAAAUUCUCAAUUCGUGUUUUACUUUUAUUUUAUUGAGUUGAUGUGGUAGUACUCAUAGUCUUUAAAUU